AUGACGCGUGUGGUUGACAUCAAUGAACAACGAGGCAGUGGCUUCGACUUUUCUGGUCAUUUGCGCAAUGCUUCACUGAGUGCGCAAGGACAUGCUGUGCCGCGAGCGACAAGCACAGGCACUACGAUUGUUGGUUUGAUCUACAAGGAUGGCGUCGUGCUAGGCGCGGAUACUCGAGCGACAGAAGGACCGAUUGUUGCCGAUAAAAACUGUGAAAAAAUCCACUACAUAACUGAUAGCAUUCGUUGCUGCGGUGCGGGGACUGCUGCCGAUACCGAAUUCGUGACGAACCUGAUCUCGAGCAAUAUGCAACUGCAUGCAUUGCAUACCCGGAAACGUCCUCGUGUGCUUGCUGCUUUGACAAUGCUCAAGCAGAGGCUGUUUCAAUACCAGGGCUAUAUUGGUGCGGCACUUGUUCUCGGUGGCUACGACUCUACCGGCCCACAGCUCUUCACAAUUGCACCCCAUGGCUCUACAGAUAAGCUGCCCUAUGUGACCAUGGGUUCUGGUUCCUUGGCUGCGAUGUCUGUCUUUGAGAGUGCAUGGCGCCCAGAAAUGGAGGAACAAGAAGCUGUGAAUCUUGUUGUGGCUGCUAUUGAGGCAGGCAUCUUUAAUGACCUUGGCUCAGGUUCUAAUGUUGAUGUAUGUGUAAUCCGAGAGAAGGAAACAAAAAUGCUGCGCAACUAUCGCAGGCCGAAUGAACGUGCGCAAAAGGAGCAGAGCUAUAAGUUUGCUCGUGGCACUACUGCAUUCACGAAGGAAGAAAUAUACAAUAUGAUUGUGAAAGAAGACGUUCUUCAACUUGAUCAGCCUGCAACCACUGGACAAGCCGAUGCGAUGGAGACAGACACAUCGUAG